UAACCUUUUGUGUUGUACACACAUAAAAUCUGACCCGACAACAUACUGAAAUUUAAAACCUUCAACUUUUUCACUGUUCACUCGUGGUUAUAAAGAAUUGUUAGCGUUGAAGAAAGUAAGUGCUUUAAAAUAAACAACAUGCAAAGGCUGACUCGAAUGUCUCAUAAAAAGCAUGUUGACCAAUCCGAAACUUUAGCGCUAGUAACAAAAUCAAGCAACUGUUAUUUCACUUACAGGCAAAGAUGAAACAAUCGAAUAGAUUAUGUUGUUGUGUGGACUUAGAAACAGUUGUACUGGUGUUCAGCAUGGCUUCGACAAUGUUCUCGUGCUUCAAUAUAGGAAUGUCAGCUAAGAUGUUACUCCAGGAUGCACCAGAGCAGAUGCAAAUUAUUUUCGUGAGCAUUCAAACAACAGACAUACCAGAAAAGAUUACCCACAUAUACAGAGCGUUAUCUUAUAUCAAAAUCGUUGUCAAUUUGUUCAGUUUUUUCACCAGUGCUUUGUUGUUUCAUACUGUGAUAAAGAACUUAACGAGUCGACGAUGUAUUGGUUGCAUUUGGGUUUUAAGCGCGUUAAUUGUAACUACAUACAUGCUUGUUGAAGGAUGUUUCACUCUCACAAAAAUUACUGAUGUACCGUCCAAAUGUGUUCUCUCCUCCGUGCUGGCAAUUACUGUCGUUUUGCAGGGAUGCUCUACUUAUAUCGUAUUAACAUAUUCCUCCUCUUCUAACAACAGGUGCGAUAAAGAAACAAAAAUAAUGCAAAACGGAGCGCAAGUAAUAUUUCUCUACAAACAUUCUACGCAGAGGGCUUCAUUGACAAGUGUUUAAACACAUAAAUUUGUGUAAUGUUUAUUUGACAUCACUCAUAACAUCAUGAAAAAACACUGUUUAAAAAGAUUUCUUAAAAAUAAUAAAAGGGCUUUGUUCGACAAAGGAGUUUUUCCUAUAAUUCUACGCAGGAUCGUAACUGUUUUUUUGACAAUUACUUCUGUAAAUAAAAGUUUGUAUAUGUUUAACCAAAAUGAUUGUAUAUUUGUGAUAUAAAUAGCAUAGUAUCUUA